UUGCCAGCCAGCCGGCCAGCAGACCCAGGAGAAGCUUCAGUCGAGUCUCAUCUCUCGACCUAGUGAUACGUCCAACUCACCGCUCUCCCUCCUCCACUUACUCACUCACUCACAGGGUUCACCCGACACUACUCCCACUCUCACGACUGACCGUCAGCCUUCCACCUUAGCAUCAGCAUCACCAGGCGUCUGCAUCAUGGUGGACGCGGACAGCCUCCAGUAUUCAAACUUAAAAGAGGACGACAUAAAGCCUGUGAUGGACUUCAUGGCGGAGCACUUUUACCCAAGAGAGCCCUUGAGCACGGGCCUGCACAUGACCUACGAAGACAACAAGGAGUGGAUCAGCCAGUCAGUGGCGGAUUGGGUGCGCAGCGGUGUGUGUGUGGUGGCGAGGGACCCAGACACUGGGAAGAUAGGCGGCACACUCCUCGCCACCAUCCUCACUCGGGAGCAAGCCAACACCUACCAGCAAGCACUCACCAGCCCCAAGACCAAGGUGAAGACUCUGCACACAAUCCUCUCUGUGCUGGAGGCCGCCGUGGACUUCUUCGAGCGUUACGAAAAGGUGGACCGCAUCCUGGAGCUGGCCAUGAUGACUGUGUCGCCUGAACUGGCGGGCCGCGGAGUCGGCAGGCGGCUCGUGCAGGAGAGUGAGAAGCGUGGCCGCCGCCUCGGGUGCCAGUUGGCCACGGCGCAGGCCACGGCGGUCCCCUCACAGCGGAUCCUCUACCGGCUGGGCUACGAGGCACUCUACACAAUGGACUACACAACAUUUGAGAUCGCCGGGGACCGCGUGUUCGACAUGGACAGAAUGCUGGGCACGCCCUCCGCCAAGGUGAUGGCCCGCCUACUGGAGCCUCUAGAGGAAAAUGGAGAGAAGCUUAAGGAGUAAUGGGUUGUAGAAGUAUCUGAUAUUUCUCCCCUUCCCUACACCCCUUUUUGUUACAUAUUCUAUCCAGGUAAUGAUUCUCGCAAGGGAAGUUUUCCACCCUCAAGACAUUUUCAAAACAAUGUAUAUGCAAACUGUUUUAUUUUCUGAUUGCAAAUGUUAAUACAAGCUUUUUACUGGUUUACUCAGUAUUGCAUUAAAUUAAUGAUCAUUAAAGUAUUUUUAUUAACUUUCUUUAUUUUCAGAUACUACAGUA